AUGUGUUUAGAAGAUAGUAAUGUUUUUAACUUUGAAUUUUAUCACAGAAGAACAAAUGAAUUAAUUUUUUGACAAAGCACAAGUCAUUAUUUGCACUUUACAUAUAUUAUAUAGUUUUCUGAAUGCGAUAUUGAUGAAUAUCUAUUGUUACAAAGUGGUAGUAAAUGAUAGUUGAAAUUAAUAUAUAGAAUAUAUAAUUAUAAUUGUAUUUUUUAUUUGUAUUCAUAAUUUUAUAAGAUAUGUUGCAGGCUUUGGAGACUGAUGUUAUAUUGUUCACCUGUGUAACAAGGAAAUAUAAUUACGAUAAAGCACAUUUCUUAGUUCUCACUGAAAGAAAUAGGUGGAGAAGAAUUUUUAACAGAUAGAAAAAUACAAAUAGUAGAAGUGAGGGUGAAGCGUAGUAAAUGCAGUGGUUGAGGAAAAGAUGGACCCAUCAAUGUUUGUUGCAUACACCCCUCAAACAAAUGGCGUUCCAUUGGAGUCCAAGCUUGCUACCUACAUGGUAUUCGUCUGCAAUUUAUUAACGAUCCUGAUAAAAAUAUUUUUUUAAUAUUCAUUAUAUAAUUAGAUAUACUAUUGAAAUCUAUUGAUUUACCAUAUGUUAAUAUAAUAUUUAAAGGCAUGUUAUCAUAAUAUUUUUAUUAUGUAUUUUUUUAAUAGAAUCGUCAAAGUCCAGGGGUAACUCUAAAUACAACAGCUGUUACAAAACAUUUAUCAAACCUUUCUCUGGAUUCACAGAAAAAGGUAACUGCCAGUCCAGAAUUUGUACCUGGUAGAGGUCUUACUAGUAGUAACAGCAGUUCUCCGAAUCUUUUCAAUAAUUCUUAUCACUCACAAGAGAAUGUGGGUGGUACAACAUAUUUUUACCUUGGAAAUGCAGCAACUGAUACUGUUGGAACUGAGGAAGCGACUGAAACUAUUGGAAAUGUGGGAGCAGGUCAGAUAGGCUAUGUCUAUCCAGGUACUCCAGCACACCUUCAGCCAGUAAAAUCUACAAAACCUCCAUCAUCUAAUAGUUCUUCUGCCCCCUCAACCCCUCCUCCUCAAGCAACUCCCAGUUUCUUUGUCAGUGAGAGUUUAAGAAUGGAUAUUCUCCAAAAAAAUGCUUUAACAUUAGCACAACCUGAUGUAAUACGAUUUCCUGAUCUACCAAACGAGGUGGAUAAUUAUCAUGAGUUGUGUCCAUUGGAACCAAUUCAUAAACCUGCUUCGACCAUGCUUGGAUAUCAAACUUCAACGUACAAAGCUACCAGCAUUAAGAGCGGAACACGUUAUUGUCUACGACGUAUACAUGCCAUGGUAUUUGUUUACGAUUAUCAUCCCGGAUCGGAAACAUUAUUAACUAAGCAUUUCUCAUCGACCGAAUUAAAUGGUUAUACAGAUCCAUUUUCUUCGGAUCCAAAUGCUCCCCGACCUUAUAGUCAUACUAAAAAUACUAUUUUAAGACAACAACACAGCAGUAUGCUACCAGAAAGUGUUAUAUGGAGCUACAUAAUUCAACUCACUGCCGCACUUCGUGUUAUACAUGCUGCUGGUUUGGCAUACAGAUGUUUAGAUCCUACAAAAGUGUUACUCACGUCGCGAACGAGACUUCGUUUAAGUUGUGUGGCUAUACCAGAUGUUGUUACUUUUGAUGGAAACACAGCAAAUCCACUUUCGCUUAUACCACACUAUCAACAAGAAGAUUUAAUUGCCUUAGGGAAGUUGGUGUUGGCAUUAGCAUGUCGCAGUCUCCUUGCCGUCCAUCGCGAUAACAUGCAAGCCUCCCUUGAGCUCGUCGCACGUUCCUAUUCUACAGAUCUUCGAAACCUUAUCCUGUAUUUACUUUCUAAUCAAACACGAAGAAGUGUAACAGAUCUCAUGCCAAUGAUUGGAGCACGAUUUUAUACACAAUUAGAUGCAGCUCAGCUUCGAUCUGAUGUAUUGGAGAAUGAAAUUGCCAAGGAAUUAGAAAACGGGAGAUUAUUUAAGUUACUUGUAAAGCUGGCUACUAUUAACGAAAGACCCGAACUUAAUAUGGAACCUACAUGGGCAGAAACUGGUGACCGAUACAUGCUCAAAUUGUUUAGAGAUUACGUUUUCCAUCAGGUAGCAGCUGAUGGAAGACCAUGGUUGGAUAUGGCACAUGUUGUAUCUUGUUUAAAUAAGUUAGAUUCAGGUUCUCAAGAUAAGAUAUGUCUUAUGUCGAGAGACGAGCAGACUGUAUUAGUAGUUAGUUAUGCAGAGUUACGACAAUGUUUGGAAACUUCAUUUGGAGAGUUAGUACAAUCUGCAAAAGAAGCUGUUUAG